AAUCCACUAUAUGGAUUCACAACCAUCAACAAUGGCGAUUCUCUUGCUGAUGAUGUUCACUUUAUCAUCAGCUUUCGACAUGUCAGUCGUAUCCUACGACAAAUCCCAUCCCGACCGGUCGAUGUCUAGUUGGAGAACCUUCGACGAGAUUAUGGCAAUGUAUGAGGACUGGCUUGUAAAACAUGGCAAAGUUUACAAUGGUUUAGGAGAGAAAGAGAAAAGGUUCGAGAUUUUUAAAGAUAAUCUCAGGUUCAUCGAUGAACAUAACUCGGAGGAGACCCAUAGUUUCAAGCUUGGGUUGAACCAGUUCGCCGACUUGACCAACGAGGAGUACCGUUUUACUUUCUUGGGUGUUAAGAAACCUAAUAAGAAGGUUUCCAAGAGGAGUGAUCGUUACGUGCAGCUCCUCGGCGAGGCGGCCUUGCCGGAUUCUGUUGAUUGGAGGACAAAAGGUGCUGUGGCUCCGGUUAAAGAUCAAGGUUCUUGUGGGAGUUGCUGGGCUUUUUCAACUAUUGCUGCAGUGGAAGGGAUAAACAAAAUCAUUACAGGCGACCUCAUAGUUCUCUCAGAGCAAGAAUUAGUGGAUUGUGAUACAUCCUACAAUGAAGGAUGCAAUGGUGGCCUUAUGGAUUAUGCCUUUGAAUUCAUCAUAAAAAAUGGUGGCAUUGACACUGAAGAAGAUUACCCUUAUACCAAUCAUAAUGGCAGAUGUGACACCUAUAGGAAGAAUGCCAAGGUUGUUUCAAUUGAAGCUUAUGAAAAUGUUCCGGAAAACGACGAGGGUGCAUUGAAAAAGGCAGUCUCAAAUCAACCGGUUAGUGUUGCUAUCGAAGCCGGAGGCAGGGCUUUCCAGUUAUAUCAAUCUGGUAUAUUUGAUGGUCAAUGUGGCACACAAUUAGACCAUGGUGCGACUAUUGUUGGAUAUGGUACUGAAAAUGGUAAAGACUAUUGGAUUGUAAGGAAUUCAUGGGGUGAUAAUUGGGGAGAGGCAGGCUAUGUGCGGAUGGAACGAAACGUGGUUGAUACCAAGACCGGCAAAUGCGGAAUUGCAAUGGAAGCCUCUUAUCCUAUCAAAACGGGACGAAACCCACCUAAUCCGGGUCCUUCUCCGCCGUCUCCCGUAAAGCCUCCUACGGUUUGUGAUAAUUAUUAUAGUUGUCCCGAGAGCAAUACUUGUUGUUGCGUCUACGAGCACUAUGGCUACUGCCUCGCGUGGGGAUGUUGCUCGAUUGAGGCUGCUACUUGUUGUGAAGACAACUAUAGUUGCUGUCCACAUGACUACCCUGCUUGCAACAUAAAUGAAGGAACUUGCUUGAUGAGCAAGGACAAUCCGUUGGGAGUGAAGGCGAUGAAGCGGACUCCGGCGAAACCAUUCUGGGGAGAUGGAAGUGUAGUCGGAAAAAGCAGGGCUUAAAUCGAAAACCGACAUGUAUGAUGGUAAAGCAGCUGUGAACAAACAGGUUGCUGUUAAUUUCUAUUGUCCUCUGUAUUUCAUUUCAUUAUUUAUUAAUGGCUUCUAAGAAUUUGAUUACUUGUCAACAUGUAAUGUUGUUUAUACUUUCUUCGUAUUAAUUAUUAAAUUUAGGUUUUCGUACGCGUA